AAGAUGUUCAUAGGCGGUCUCAACUGGGAUACAACAGAUGACUCGCUCCGGGACUACUUCACCCAGUUCGGUAAGGUAGACGCGUGCACGAUCAUGCGCGACGCUGCGGGGCGCUCGCGCUGCUUUGCGUUCCUCACGUUCGACGAUCCCGCGAGCGUGAACGCUGUUAUGGUCCGCGAGCACUUUUUGGAUGGCAAAAUCAUCGACCCCAAGCGCGCAAUUCCGCGGCAGGAGCACCAGCGCGCGACGAAGCUGUUCAUUGGCGGGCUGCCUGGCAGCGUCACGUCCGAGUCGAUGCGCGAGUUCUUCUCGCAGUUCGGGAAAGUCAUCGACUCGACGGUCAUGCUCGACCGCGAGACGGGGCGCUCCAAGGGGUUCGGGUUCAUUUCGUUCGAGGAUACGGAUGUGCAGCCGUUCCUUGGGUUUGGGAAGUUGGAGAUUGACGGGAAGCUGGUGCGUUCCGCUUUUGGUCUAUCUUUGCUGGGUUGUGGGUGGUGA